AUGUUGAGCAACCUCGCCGGCCUUCAUGGCCAGGGCGGCCAGCAAUUUCAGCAGCAGCAGGGCCAACAGCAGCAAGGACAGCAGCAACAACAACAACAGCAGCCCAACCAGGCUCCCCCGCCUCCCCCACCACUCAAUGGCCAGGACCUAAACCUAUCAAACAUCCUCCAUUUCUUACAGUCAGAAUGGCGAAGAUACGAACGCGAACGGAACGAAUGGGAGAUUGAGCGUGCAGAAAUGCGGGCGCGUAUCGCGCUCCUCGAAGGGGAACGGCGUUCCUUUGAGAACACUCGCAUUGACCUAUUGCGACGCAUUAAAAUGCUUGAAUUCGCGCUGCGUAUGGAGCGCGCAAAGCAGCUCAAUCAACCAGCAAGCCAGGCACCUGUGCCAUCUAAGGUCGCUGCACUUCAGAACCAGUCCAACCCGGCAUCGACUAAGGAUGAAACUGGCAGCCACAAGGAGGGCAGCAGUGGUAGCUCUCCACGUAGCGAAGAUGUGCCCCUACCCUCUGAGAACCGUAUGUCGAUAGGAGGGCCAAGUCUCCCGAACGGAAUUGGCGCGUCUAACCCGAACAAAGCCAACACCUGGGGUGGCUCUAAUUGGUCGGGUGCACCAAACGCAGCUGCUUUGGGGAAACCACCUCCAGGCAGAGACCCUAAGAGCCGGGCACGGAGUAGAGAUUAUCUUAAACAAUGCCUACAGGAGAUAUCUUAUUUGACAUCCCCUCAGGCCAUGAAUCCUCUACCUCAACGACCUCUUCUUAGCAACCAGACGAUGCCUUUGACUCUUCCGAACGUCCCUGCACUGAACGAAAUGGCCUUCAAUGGAAGGCCAAGGAAAGUGUUACCUGAAACUGGCAAAGAUUUCCCCGUUUUGAAUGGUAUGAUGGGUGGGCCAGUGGCGAGUCAAUCGGGAUCCAACAAUCAGGGCUCGGUGCUCGAAAGGGAUAAUGGGAUGAACACUGGGUCAAAUAUCCCUCUGCAGCAGCCUCAACAACAAAAUGGACCUCAAGGCAACGGCUUCCAGCAACAACAGAUGCAACAACAGCCCAUGGAUCAAGUGCAUUCGCUCCAGUUACCAGGACAGCAGGCUAACAGGGAAGGCCUCGAUAAAUCUGAGGGAGUAGAUUCGCAAAUACCUACCGCAAUUUUCCGUCCGGAUAGGGAAUUCAAAGAGCGUUUAGAACGGGCACGCUCAGAAAGAUUCUCCCCGCAGGACAGCCACGGAUCUGGUGUCUCCGCAUGGGAUACGUCGGGAAAAGACGAAGACGACGAUGAUAAAGAGGAUGUAGAGAUGGAUGAUGAGGAUACUACCUCAGCAGCCAGUGAUGAUGACGGGAAAGUCUGGCGGCCCCGACGUACUCUGCGAAAUCAUCUUGAUGCUGUAAGAGCACUGUCUUUCCACCCGACCGAGAUGUGCCUCGCGACUGGUGGGGACGAUUACACAGUAAAAAUUUGGAGAAUGGACGUAGUCGGCUUAGCGUCAUCCGCAACACGCGGAACCAUCGAGGUUGAGCCUCAAUUAACCUUGCGUGGACAUACCGCUCCGGUUACAGCACUUGUACAUUCUCCUCAAAAACGCCUUUUGUAUUCUGCAUCAUUGGAUUCUUCAAUACGCGUGUGGGCAUUGCCUCCUGCAGCGCAUACAACCUAUGCCCCUCAUGAUCCAGCUCGGAUCCGCGGCGAACUUGUUGGGCAUACUGACUCCGUAUGGGGACUCGCACUGCUCCGUGAUGAGAGCGUGCUUGUCAGCUGUGGAGCGGAGGGAACCGUGAAAGUAUGGGAUGUCGGUGCCGCAUCUGGCAUAGGCGCUUUGAAGCUGAGUUGGGGUUACAAUGGGCUUGACAGUGAGGAAGACGAGCCAACAGAGACUCCAGGCGCGACUUGUCUUGAGGCCAUCAAGUCGGACUUGAAGAAAAUUGCCGUUGGGUAUCAAAACGCUACCGCGAAAAUAUUUGAUGUUGAUACCGGCAAGCAACUGCUUCUCUUACAAGGCGAGCCCAGUCCGGAAGGCGCAGAGAGCUCUCAAAUUAAUAGCAUCGCAUCGCAUCCAACGAUGCCCCUACUUGUCACUGCACAUGAAGACAAGCAUAUCAGAAUAUGGGACAUUGUUACCGGCCAAUGUACACACUCAAUGGCAGCACACCUCGACGCAGUCACUUCGUUGUCCAUUGAUGCCGCUGGCUUCUCGCUGGUUUCAGGUGGCCAUGACUGUUCCGUCCGCUUCUGGGACCUCCUUGGUGCCCAUGCAUGUAUCCAAGAAAUUUCGAAUCACCGCGAAAAGGCCCAGGAGGGUGUACUUGCCGUUGAAUUCCACCCUUCGUUGCCAUUCAUGGCAAGUGCUGGUGCAGACGGCGUUGUCAAGCUUCAUGCAUCAUCGUAAUGAUAAACAAAAUACCAUCUUCCCUUCUAUGCUCACGUCGUAUAUGAUUUCCGUUUCUGUUGUUCCUCAUUCUUUGUGCUUUAUUUAUCGCACAAUACCACCUCUUUUAUUUUUUUUCCGUCCUUCCUCGCCCUUUGUCAUGAUCUUUUUUUUUCCUGUUCUGUUUCUUCUUCUGAUAUCGAUCCCCC